UAUAUAGUGAAUGACUGUGGGCUGAACACAACAGCUGUGUAUAUCCUGGAAACUAACGCCUUUACUGUUUUUCCGCCAUGAAAACUCAACAACCCAAGCUCAAAUCCACCCCACGUCCACUCUUCUCCUGUGCUUUUUUCCGCCACUGCACUCAGACUGCACUUAGUCCCACCACCUCCACUCCGCCACCGCUUCCGCUCUCUAAUUCUGAAGCGCCGCCUCCGCCUCCGCAAGAAUCUCCACCACAUCAAAAGCCUCCGUCCCAUCCGGAGUCCUCCUCCUCUUCUUCCUCAAACACCUCCCAAAGCUUCACUCAAUGGAGGUUCCCACUUCCUAUCUCGCCUGUAUCCCACCAUUUACAAUCGCAGCCAAGACUCGAACCCGACACCGUGCCAUCUAAGGGUUUGACAGCUAAUAAGAUAAACAGAGCCGAACAAAAUUCUUCUCAGCAGCCGCCGCCGCCACCUCCACCGCCCCUUUCAAAUGCCAAGUUAGAAGAGCUUUUCCACGUGGCUGAGCUCCAAUUCAGUACUGGGUCGAAUUCUGAUCGGGUCAAGGCAAUGUACACGCUUGAGAGGUCACUUGUUCCAAACCAAUGCGCCGCUGCCGAAAGCAGCGACACAGUGACGUGCCCGGCAGCAGUGAUGACUGGGGUAGUAGCAUGUUUGAGAGAGAGAGUGGCACCGAAGCCGGCGAGCAAAGUUUUACUGGCACUUUGUCUUGCUGAAGUUAACCGAAGGGUGGCGGUGAAUGCGGGAGCCGUUGGUGCAGUGGUGGAGGCGCUUGCAGACUCCGAAAAUGCGGUGGCGGAGAGGGCAUUAGCAGCAUUGGAAUUGCUAUGCACGCUGGAGGAGGGGGCGGCGGAGGUCAGAACUCACGCUCUAGCGGUGCCAAUGAUGGUGCAGGUUAUGGGGAAGACGGAAGGGAGGGCGAAAGAAUACGCUAUAAGCGUAUUGGCAGUGAUAUACGGUGGCGCCGACGAAGGCGAGGGUUUAGCACCCGCAGAGGAGGUGGCGCGUGCCGUUAUGUUGGCAAUGCAUGGUAAUUGCAGUACUAGAGGGAGAAGAAAAGGGGCCCAGCUUCUGAAGACUCUGCAAAGUAACGGACGGGUAGAUUUGACAGAAGGGGGAAGAUGAACGUUCUUGAUUUGUCAGAAUCUUUUGGUUUGACUCAGUCAAAGUGGUCCAAUGAAGCAAUAACACAAUGCCAUGCUAGCUUUUAGAUUGCACCAGCACACACUUUAUAAUUACCAUCUUUUUCUUUUCAUUUUAAAUAAAAGUAGUAGUAAUUGUUUAGAUUUCUACUCGUGACUAAUAAAUUUUGGAUUAUAUGUCAA